ACAGGCUUGCAGACUGCAGAUGAGAGUCUGGAGCAGAGACAGUUUAACUUAGCCGUUCCUAAUUUAUCUCAAGCGUUUUCAAUUCAUCUUCACUGCUCUGUGCACACAGGAACACCAGAUUGCCUUCCCUGGGGAACAGAAUGCAACUGGGGAAUCUAGAGAGCUGUCACAUUUCAAGAAAUAUUUAAAUUGUGCUGGUUUUCUUCUGGAGAGCUGAGCCCAGGGAAUGAAACUCUCCAUCCAGUCGUAGCUUUGCGGGCAAUAGAUCAGAGGAUAUUGCCAGGUUCCUAAUGGAUUAUUGUUAUCGGGCAGGUUUUCUCUGAAGAGUUCUGAUGUCUCCCAGAUCCUAGACCAGAGGGACUGGAGAUCAGCCAGAUCAGUGGUGUACACAAAGCUGCUUUGGAUCUGUCUUUUCAAAGAAGAACUCCACAAAAUGCAACAGCAAGGUUGAAGCAUUAUUCCAUUCUGGGUGACAAGAAUUUUUAUACAGGACAGAUUAUGACAACUUCUUUCUUAAGAUAUGCUGUGUUCAGUUAAGAUCAAUAUUCAUUUCAAGGAAAUAUCUAAACAAAUGAUAAUGAUAUUUUUACAAUGGACUUCUUUGGUUUUAGAAUUAAAUUACACAUUUGUAAUUUAAUAACAAUUUAAUAAAGCCUCAAAAAGUUGAUGCUAACCUCAAGGAAAGCACUGUGCUGAGAAGAUGUUUAAAUUUUAUCAAAUGAAAUAUAUUUUUCAAAUGCUGGAUAAAAUGAGAUGCUUGCGAAAGCGUUCUACAGUGUCUUUCUUGGGAGUUCUUGUUGUUUUUCUUCUAUUCAUGAACUUGUACAUUGAAGAUAGCUAUGUUUUGGAAGGUGACAAGCAGCUCAUAAGAGAAACAUCCACACAUCAACUUAAUUCUGAACGCUAUGUUCACACAUUCAAGGAUUUAUCUAACUUCUCAGGAACCAUAAAUGUCACCUAUCGCUACCUAGCUGCGACACCUUUACAGAGAAAGCGGUAUCUCACAAUUGGACUCUCAUCAGUGAAACGGAAAAAAGGAAACUAUUUACUUGAGACAAUAAAAUCAAUUUUUGAACAGUCCAGCUAUGAGGAAUUAAAGGAAAUUUCAGUAGUGGUGCAUCUAGCAGACUUUAAUUCAUCCUGGCGUGAUGUUAUGGUCCAAGAUAUUAUGCAGAAAUUUGCCCAUCACAUUAUUGCAGGAAGAUUAAUGGUUAUACAUGCUCCUGAAGAAUAUUAUCCAGUUCUGGAUGGUCUUAAAAGAAAUUACAAUGACCCAGAAGAUAGAGUCAGAUUUCGCUCCAAGCAAAAUGUAGAUUAUGCAUUUCUGCUUAAUUUUUGUGCCAAUACUUCAGACUACUAUGUAAUGCUUGAAGAUGAUGUUCGGUGUUCCAAAAAUUUCUUAACUGCCAUCAAGAAAGUCAUUGCAUCCUUAGAAGGAACGUACUGGGUAACUCUUGAAUUCUCAAAGCUUGGCUACAUUGGUAAACUCUAUCAUUCUCAUGAUCUCCCACGUCUGGCCCAUUUUUUAUUAAUGUUUUAUCAAGAAAUGCCUUGUGACUGGCUAUUGACUCAUUUCCGAGGUCUGCUGGCUCAGAAAAACGUGAUUCGGUUUAAACCUUCUCUCUUUCAGCACAUGGGCUAUUACUCAUCCUAUAAAGGAACUGAGAACAAGCUGAAGGAUGAUGACUUUGAAGAGGAGUCUUUUGACAUCCCCGAUAACCCUCCCGCAAGUCUCUACACCAACAUGAACGUCUUUGAAAACUAUGAAGCAAGCAAGGCUUAUAGCAGUGUUGAUGAGUACUUCUGGGGAAAGCCACCUUCACUAGGAGAUACAUUUGUCAUUAUAUUUGAAAAUCCAAUUACAAUUAAAAAAAUUAAAGUAAAUACGGGAACAGAAGACAGACAGAACGACAUUUUGCACCAUGGAGCUCUAGAUGUUGGGGAAAAACUUACGUUAAGCAAACAAAUAAGACAAUGUGAUACUUACUUAAGACUGGGGGACUUCAAAAACGGAAACUUUGAAAUGUCAGAUGUGAAUCAAAAAAUUCCGUUUGACAUACACUGCAUGAGGAUAUGCGUUACCAAAACACAAAAAGAAUGGCUGAUAAUUCGGAGUAUCAGCAUUUGGACUUCCUAGCCAAUUAAGUCAGUACACUGAGUUUCUGAAGCAGGUCUUCCUGUUUCAGGUUUUCCUAUCUUCCUCUUUUGCUACGUUUGUCUUUUGGAAGGCAACCAAUGGAUGUGAUGUGUCACAGAAAAAGCUGAUCGUCUCAGCUGUUUUUAUUGCAAUUUUAGUCCACACACCCUGGUAUUUUUAUUUUCACUUUUGAGGUUGAAUAUCAUUCUGUAGUUCAAGCUGCUGUCAUUCAUAUAUUUCAAUGUUCAUAGCUCCACGAUUUCAACCAAUAGUCAAAAAGAGUGAUGUGAAUGAUUUAGAAUGAGGAAAUUCUUUUGUUGGAUGAUAAUUAAAACACAGUUGCCAACUGUACACAUUUAUUCAUGAAUUGAUAAUUGAUAUGAUCAGAUAGCUUCUCAUUAAAGAAUCUCUGAGAAUAUGCAGUUGGUUGCAAUCAUAAACUGGGAUAUUUUUCUUGGAAAUUUAGGCUCUCACUGACUGCUGUAUUUCCACAAUUAAUACCUCCUCAGAGAUGUGGUGUCUUUACAACAGACUAUUUUUGUGUAAGUAGGACUGUGGAAAAGCAGAGGUAAAACUCAUCCUUUCUCUGGUCAUUUCUAAGAAAAUGAACACUGCUCAUUGUUUUAAAAUAUUUAAUUGGGCACUUUUUAAUACAUUUUCUGUGGGAAGAAGUACAUUCCUAACUUCCCAUUGGAAAAAUAAAAGAAGUCAAGCUCAGUAUUUUAAGGUUACAUUGGAUACCUGUAAUUAACAGACAAAGAGAGAUGGCCUAUAGCUAAUCCAUUUGUCCAAACAGUUUCAGUAUAUGCAGAAAAACUGAAAUUGAUUUUAUAUUUUUUGUAUUAAAAUUCAUGUGAUUGAAAUUGUUGUAAUUUAUCAUAUUUUGGGAAGAUUAAAUGGCUGUCUUAUACGGGAGAAAGGUAAAAUCUGCAGAAACUAGUUUUGUUUUGUUUUCCUGUAGCCAAUGGGCUAAUCCUUCAAAUAACAAAUGAAGGAAUUCUUUUGUUUGUUUGUUCUGAUUAAUAGACAACACUCUAUACUAUCUGUGAAGAUCUCUCCUACCAGAACUUAGGGUUUCUGUUUCCUUCCUUCCUUUUUUCCUUCCUUCCUUCCUUCCUUCCUUCCUUCCUUCCUUCCUUCCUUCCUUCCUUUCUUCCUUUUCUUUCUUCUUUCAUGUAUGUAUGCAUUUAUUUAUUUAACAUUUAUUUGUUUGUUCCUAUGUGUCAAUAAAUGCCACAUCUGUGCAGUGUCUGCAGAAGCCAAAAGAGGGUUUUAGAUACCAUUAAACUCAAAUUACAGGUCAUUGUGAGAUAUCUUAUGUGGAUGCUGGGAGCCAAACCAGUGUCCUUUGUAAGAGCAGCAAGUGCUCUUAACCACCAAACCACCAUUCAAUUUGCAUCUGUCCCAUGUCUUAUUUAGGUUUCAGGUAAUUUGCUAGACUACCUUGAAUUAGAUAACAAAACUGCUCCACAAAGCAUAUUACCAUGCUGUAUGUAUGAUGAUUGUAAACUGUUUUAAUUGAUGAUUUUGUGCUACCUGCAUAUAAAUAGUAAUCAAAUUUUGUUGAGGGUUGUUCAGUUGUCUCCAUCCUUCCAUAAAAGAAAUUCAAGACACCACAAUGUGUUCAAACACUUUAGUGUUUCAGAAUGUACUCAGUGGUCACCCUAUUCACACUUUGAGAAGUAACCAAAUGGAGUGGUUUAUAAUGAGAAAUAUAGGAUAUUUCAUAUGUAUGUGCUCAUGGGGAAAAUCAAAUACAGGUUAAUAUGUAUAUAUAUAUGAUGAUACUCUCACACACAUACAUACGUGUGUGUGUCUCUGUGUGUAUGUGUAUAUAAUGUGUGUGUCUGUGUAUGUGUUGUGUAAAAAUAUAUUUAUGAUACUAAAAAAACAGAAAAAAGAAAAAAAGGACAAGUGUGUCUGCUAUUCUUUCUAUUCUAAAAUACAAAUCUAACACUUAUAUAGUUCAAAAGAGAUUAGGUUGUUUUUAUUUUAUUUGCUCUGUUAAGAAUAAUUAAAUGAGAAAAUCAGACUGAGUCAGAAGUUUUGUAGUUUUCUUGAUAAAUCCAGUAUUGCACACCUUCUUGCCCACAUUUCUUACAGUGUUAGAGGAGAUGCUAGCCUUUUUUGAACAUGCGAAUACUAGUUAUUUGUGGCAUAUUUAAAAUUUAAACUUGUAAGAAAAUAUAAACACUGCCAUAAAACAUCUGAAAUUUUUAUUAAAUACUAAUUGCCAUACACUUAAAAAUAUUGUUUUUCUGAUUUUUUUAAAAAAUUGAUUGGCUAUAUAGUGUUUCACAUGGACCUCAGAACUCACAGUAUCAUUUUUCUGCAUUUCUGGUGAUUUAGAGUACACAGUUGUAUUCCAAUUUCAUGAAACAUUAAAAUCAGAAACGAUUAUUUGCUGUGAACUAGACGCUUGUACACAUUGACCAGCAAGUGUGAUUCCAAAAGCCAUCUAUGGUUCUAUAUAACUUUCUGAAAAAAUGCUUUAGUAAAAAUUGAUGAGAGUAAGAGGUUGGGCUUGGCGGCCUGCUGGGGAAUUACAAAUGUGACUAUGACCAAAAGAAAUCAUAUUUUAUCUUAAGUUCCUUUCAUUAAUGUAACCAUCAUUGGAUAAGCUACAAUCACCCAGGAAGGUUUGUAUGUUUUCUUUAUAACUUGUGCCUGGGUUAACCUACCUUCUUUCUUGCUUUUAUUCUAUUGAUUUAUAUUGAUUAUUGUUAUUUAAUGUGUAUCGUGUUUUGUCUGCAUGAAUGUCUGCUGUGUACUGCGUGUGUGCAAAGUGUCUGUGGAGUUCAAGAAAAGGAACCAGAUCCUCUGGAACUACAGUUACAGAUGUCUUUGAGUGACCAUGUGUGUGCUGGUCAUUAAACAUAACACCUAUAAGAGCAUCCAGUGCUCUUAACCACUGAGCCAUCUCUUCAGGCUACCGCUUUCUUUCGUUCAUGUCCAUUUAAUUUUUAAAUUUCUUUCAACAUACAAAGUAGUAGUUUUCAUUGUCGCACUUUUCAAAUAUAUUAAGUUGUUUUUCCCUCCCCGUGUGGCAUUUAUACACAAUGGAAUUUCAUUCAACUAGAGAAAAAAAUAGGCAAUUGUGAAAUUUGCAGGUCAAGGGAUGGUUCUGAAAAAUAAUACUUGGUGAAGUGACUCAGACAAGAGUCACAUUUUCUCUCUUAUAUGCAUAUGAAAAUUUAUAAUGUUCUCAUAAGAGGGUGUGAAGCCUGCUAGACUACCACAAGAAAUGACCAACAGGUCAACAGUGUUAAUUUUCUAAGUAAAACAAUAGCCUUGACAAAGAAAGCUUCUGCAAGGAGAAAAAGGAGGAACAGAGAACCACACAUUCGUUCUCAUUCUCUCAUUUAACUUCAUUUGAUUUUUUUUUUUUUUAGUGUUUAAAACUCAUUUAAACCUUUUAUUUGAUUUUCAUUGUUUGAGAGUUUCAUCAUGCAUAUUACAUACUUUAUCAACUUCAACCCCUCACUUUCUCCUCUCCAAUUCUUGCCCUAUCAACUGACAUUUUUCCCUCUGAACUUUGUGUGCUCUUUUAUUAAACACACUGAGUCCACUUUCCACUGCCUGAAUUUGUGUGUUGUAGGACAAUACACUUUCUACAGCCAGAUUCCUAAAGAAAACUCCUCUCUCUCUUCCCCAUCAGACAUCAGUUACCAAUAACUCUUCUUCUAGGGAUAGAGCCUCAUGAGUCCCUGCCCCACUCCCGCUGGGAUUUUGAAUGGUCUGAUCUAGUGGAGGUCUUACACAGGCAGUCAGAGUCGCUGUGAGUCCACACAUUUAAUGGCCCUUUCAAGUCCAGUAAAUACUUGCACUGCAGAGGUCUACUACUUCUGACUCUUGUAAUCUUUGCCUCUUCUUGCAUAAUUGUCCCUGAACCUUGAGGGAACAGGAUAGGAUAGGGAUGUCCCAUUAAAUCCUCAGCACUCCCCAAUUUCUUUCUCUCUGCAUCUUGGUGAGCUGUGUGCAUAUAUUAAUCAAACUGUAUUGUAAAAUGAAGCUCCUCUAACUAGAGUCAUGAGAUACAUUGUUCCACUUGCACAAAAAUAAGAAUUUAGAGGUCCCUUUAUCAUUUUGUCCAUUUAACAGUAUAAUAGUAAUUUCUUUCCUAGGUCCUAUGAGUAAACCAGCUACAUAGGUUUUGGUGGAGUUGACUGGAUCAGGUCUGAAUUCAGUCUUGUGGAGUGGAUUUUAAUUCAGUCAUAAACUGACAUUCAUGCCACUAUCCCUCUGGCGAUCAUAUCUUAUCUGUUUGGUUGCUAUUGUAGCUCACAGUUUUCACAUGUGGGUAAGAUUGAUGAUUCAUUUUCUAUCUGGGUAGUAGGCAUAGAAAUCUUGUAGAACUAUGAAAACUAGCCAAUACAAAGAAGGCUUUCAGAUCAGUAGCAUCUCAGAUUCCCAAUGCCCUAUAGCAAAAGUAUGUGAUGUCUUCAGAAACAAAAUUCUGGAGGGUACUAAGGAGCCUGUAAUGUUUGGGAUGUCUAUAAGAUACCACUUAGCAACAAUUUGAAAAGGGCAACCCAUCUCUAAUUGAGUUUUUGUUUGAUAAUCUAUGAUGUCUGGGAGAGACACUUUAUCCCUAUUAUAGGACAACUUCAUUUAAACUAAUUUUGUAACCAUAUAUCUAUUUUUGGGAAGCUUUUACAGUAGCAGGUUGUCAUGUGGUGUUUUUAAAAUCUUCCAUGAUAAACUCUGACUUCUCAUCUUCCUCCAUGUUUUAAUCCCUGUUCCGUUAUUUCCUUUAUCCCUUUAUACUGCCUAAAUUCCAUUAUUCCAUUCCCCUUCCUUUGAAAUCUCAUGUACCUACUUACUAGUUUCUAGCUCUAAUUUAAUCUUAAAUAUAAAUAUAUGUUUAUUUAUAUUUAAAAUAUCCAACUAUGAGAGACAAUAUGUGGUGUCUGUCUUUCUGGUCUGGAUUACUACACUCAGAAUACUUAUUUCCAGCCUCAUACAUUUAUGUGAAAUUUUCAGUUUUUUAAUAGCAGAAUAAUAUUCAGUUGAAUAGAUAUAUAGCAGGUUUUCAUCAUUCAUUCAUCAGUUGGUGAACAUCUGGAUAUUUUCCAUUUACUGGAUAUUGUGAAUAAAGCAACAAUUAACAUUGA